GUGACGUCAGCAAGCCGCUUUCCCCCCGUGUUGACUCAAUAACAAGAAAGAAGAAAAGUGACCUGAGAGAAAUGCUUUGUCUUGUGCCACAUCGCUCGAUUUCAAAACGACUUCAACAGCGCCGGUGUUGUGUAGCCAAUGCGAUCUCGGUUCUUCGGUCUUGUCUUCUCGCCAGUGAAGUUGAACGGAAAAUCUGUUUAAGUCGUUUGCGCGAGGAUUUCUGUUCCGAAAAGGAUCUCUCUUUUGAUUUUUAUACGUAAACAUGUUUGUUUUUUGGAAGAGCAGCAGUAAUAUGAGUGAUUUGGUGGGUCCGGGGUAUCAGGGUUGCGUGGACGGGUCUCUGAUGGACGGAUUCAGUGUUUUUAUUCAGGGUCUGUUGGCUGUUCUGGCUUUCAGCACUUUAAUGUUGAAAAGGUUUCGUGAACCCGUCGGAAUAAGAAGACCAUGGAGGAUCUGGUUCUUUGAUACGUCAAAGCAGGCUGUUGGGACUCUUUUCAUGCAUUUUGCCAACGUUUUCUUGUCCACACUCACCAAUGAAGAUCCCUGUUCUCUAUAUCUGUUGAACUUCCUGUUGGAUGCCACAUUGGGAAUGCUGGUGAUCUGGGCGGGGGUGAAGGUUGUUUCCAAGAUAGUGGAACAUAAACAGCUAACACUGCUGAUGUUUGGAGAAUACGGUGAUCCUCCUCGGAUAGCAGCCUGGUUGGCUCAGUGCUCAGUGUAUUUACUCAUUGUUGCUCUGGAGAAAAGUGUGGUCACUCUGGUGCUGCUCGUUCCUGGGUGGACCAAUUUGGAGGAGGUGGUGCUGGACUACAUCCCAAACCCACAGCUGGAGUUGGCUAUCGUCAUGCUGAUCGUGCCUUUCAUUGUAAACUCUAUAAUGUUCUGGGUGGUGGACAGUUUAACAAUGCGGAAAUAUAAGAAAAUGACGUCUCUGGAGGGCUCACGUGACUGUCCCAAGCAAGUAGAGGUGUUGCCAAAUGACAGCAAUGACGAAGCUGAGGUGCUGCUAAAGGAAGAUGAAGAUGAUGCUACAGUGUGUUCUGAACAGGAAGAACACGUCUCAACAAAAGAGGUGUUAAUACGAGUCUGUAUGGAAGUUUAAAACAAACGUUUAGAAGUAUACUUGUCAGAAUUUCUUAAACACUAUAUAUUAGUUCCUAAACCUAGUGAGCUGCCUUGAUGUUUACUUCCUACAUAGGCAGAUACCUUCCAAAUUGAAAUGGAAACUCAUAAGUGACUUUGGAACACUCUAAUUAGACUUCAACUUAGCGCAACUCAGAACUUUUCAUGUUAAGUACACACUGGAGAUGGGACUCGGUUGAUACCAAUAGAGUUUGGAGUUAGCAUGUUGCUAAGCUAACAACACAGUGCCAUAGACUGUAAAAAAAAAAAAAA